ACGCCACAAAAUGAGCUCUUCCAGGUUUUACUCCAAAUUGGCCAAAGAAAUUUAUCCAAGUAGUACAGUGAAAAUAUUUCGUAAGGGAAAACCCCCUGUAUAUAUUGAAAAGAAAGCGAAACUAAAAGAUGAAAGUAAAAUAAAAAGUUUGAAAACUAGUCAGCAGGAUAAAAAUACAAAAGUUACACAAAAAGCUGAUGGUAGUGAAAAAACUAUUUUCCAAAAUGUUGAGAAACACGAGAAAACUAAAAAACAAGAUACGGAAAUUUUUUCCCAAGAAUAUAACGAAAAUGUGGUAAAAAUACAAAUGCUGUCGGAAAAUCUACAUAAACAACUGUUUCCUGAAAGUACGCGUUCUGUUAGUAAAAAUGUGGAAAAUAAAUUGUUUAAAAUGAAAAAUGAUUUAGAUCGUCAUGGCAUAGAUAUUAGCAGCACGGAGAGACUGGCUGAUGUCAAUUUAAAAUUGCCACCUUUGAAAGGUAAUAAUAUUGAAGAGCAUUUUCUAGAAAUUGGUAAAGAAUUGGUGAGGCCGUAUAAAGAGUUGCUUAAGCCUUUGGUAGAACUUAAAUCCUUGCCAAUCAAACCCAAAAAAUGGGCUUUUCGAGAAGGUUGGACUGUGUAUGAUCCAGGAAGCGGUGAAGCUACUACGGUGGAAUUUCCAUUGGAAAAUGGUUUAAUAUUUGAUGUAGAAGUUUGCAUGAGCGAAGGUGCCAUGCCAACAUUAGCUACUGCUGUGGGCACUAAAUACUGGUAUUCUUGGGUAAGUCCACGUUUAGCUGCAGAUGUUUUGGAAAUGAAAGUCAAACAAAAAAUGCCUCAUUACACGUCGGCUGAACUGAUACCAUUGGGGUUGGAGGGUGCUAAAAUUGUAAUAGGCCAUAAUGUUUCGUAUGAUCGGGCGAGACUGAAAGAGCAGUAUUUACUGCAAGAUUCUAAAGUUCGUUUCUUGGAUACCAUGUCUUUACAUGUGUGCGUAAGUGGUGUCACCAGCUAUCAGCGUGCCCUCAUGAAAUCUAAAAAAGAUCCUGCGCCCGAAGAUUUGGACUGGUUAAGUCAAAGUUCGUUGAAUAGUUUAGGUGAAGUUCAUCGUUUGUAUUGUGGCGGAGCUGCGAUUAGCAAAGAAGAACGUAAUAUUUUUGUGGAGGGGACUUUAGCAGAUGUCCGCCAUGAUUUCCAGUCUUUGAUGACUUAUUGUUCUAAUGAUGUGGCGGCCACUCACAGAAUUUUGCAAAAGCUUUUCCCCUUAUUUGAAGAGCGUUUUCCACAUCCUGUUACUUUGGCGGGCAUGUUAGAAAUGGGUUCGGCUUAUUUGCCGGUCAACAAGAAUUGGUUGCGCUACAUAAACGAAGCGGAUUUAACUUAUGAAGACCUUAGUAUAGAAGCUAAAUAUCAUUUGGCCAGAAGAGCUGAUGAAGCUUGUAGGCUUAUGAAAGAUGAACAGUAUAGACAAAACUUAUGGCUGUGGAAUGAAGAUUGGUCUACACAACAAUUAAAACUUAAAGCCACAAAAAGCAAAUCCUCAACUAAAUUUAUGAAAGAAGAUUUAAAGUCAGGUGCAAACGAAGAUACAGAUCUUUCAGAUGAAGAAAAACGUUUAUAUAAAAAAUUUCAAUAUUUAUAUGAUCUGAAAGAACAGUUGCCCGUCCGACGUCCUUUAUUACCCGGUUAUCCGGCCUGGUAUCGUAAAUUAUGCCAAAAACCACCUAAAGAUGGCAGCAAUACAGAGUGGACGCCAGGUCCUUCAGAAAUUAGUACCGGUAUGCAAAUAGCACCUAAACUACUGUCUCUAUGUUGGGAAGGAUUUCCUCUACACUAUAUCAGAGAACAUGGUUGGGGAUUUCUGGUGCCUUUCACCUCAAAGACACCAUCAACAGAAUAUGAAAAUAACACUACUCCUAUACCCAUUGAAAAAUUAGUGGCCCAAUGUCCUAUACCCGAAUUUGCUCAACUUUAUGCUUCGGAACAAGAGAGCGAUUACGCUUUUGGUCAUUUACAAAAGGAAUUGGAUAGCAAAUUGGGUAAAAGGGAGUUUUAUAGCAAAGCCAAGAAAAAAGAUCACACAGAAGGUCAUUAUAAAGGAUCCGGAGUUUGGUGCAAUCAAAUUUUAGAUAACUGCUGCCUUUUCCUCAAACUUCCGCACAAAAAUGGUAAAUCAUUAAGAGUUGGCAAUCCCUUAUCUAGGGACUUUCUUAACAAAUUCUCCGACAAUGUCUUAAGCAGUGGAGAUUCUGAGAGUAAUAUAGCUAAAAGGGUUAUAGAGAUAGCCCGCAUGAUGUCUUAUUGGCGCAACAAUAGAGAUCGUAUAAUGGGGCAGCUGGUGGUGUGGCAGACACCUGAAGAAUUGCCGGAAGAUUUAAGAAAUAAAAACUAUGAAUAUGGCGCCAUAUGUCCGCAAGUGGUAGCCUGUGGCACUCUAACACGCAGAGCUAUGGAACCUACUUGGAUGACGGCCUCAAAUUCCCAAAAAGAACGUAUAGGUUCAGAAUUAAGGGGAAUGGUUCAGGCGCCGCCUAACUAUCGUAUUGUGGGAGCCGAUGUUGAUUCUCAGGAACUGUGGAUUGCUUCUGUAUUGGGAGAUGCUUAUGCAUAUGGUGUACACGGGGCUACUCCUUUGGGUUGGAUGACUUUGAGUGGCACAAAAUCGAAUGGCACCGACAUGCACUCCAUAACAGCAAAGGCUGUGGGUAUUUCCAGAGAUCAUGCUAAAGUUAUAAACUAUGCACGAAUUUAUGGAGCUGGUCAAAAUUUUGCUGAAGGUUUACUGAAGCAAUUCAAUCCCACAUUCUCAGCCACCGAAGCACGUUCGAAAGCCAUGAAAAUGUUUGCCAUAACUAAGGGCAAAAAGAUAUAUAGGCUCAAAGAAGAGUUUCGGGAGGAAUAUGAAAACAGAAGUUAUUCGGGUUAUGAGGCCUUAAGAUUAGCUUCCACCAACAACAAAGCGGUCUAUGAAAUGUUUGAGAGAGCCUGCUGGGAGGGUGGUACUGAGAGUGCCAUGUUCAAUCGUCUAGAAGAAAUUGCCACUCGAGAUGAACCCAUUACACCUUUUCUGGGCUGUCGUCUAAGUCGUGCUUUGGAAACACACAAUACCUCCGAUGAAAAUCGUUUUCUACCCACACGCAUUAAUUGGGUAGUGCAAAGUGGUGCUGUAGAUUUUCUCCAUCUAAUGUUGGUUUCUAUGCGUUGGCUUCUGGGUGACAAGGCACGUUUUUGUCUUAGUUUUCACGAUGAACUAAGAUAUUUAGUGGAGGAGAAAUAUGCAUAUCAAGCAGCCUUAGCCAUGCACAUAACAAAUUUACUAACACGUUCCUUUUGUUCUUCACGUCUGGGCCUAAAGGAUUUGCCCAUGUCAGUGGCAUUUUUCUCAUCCGUUGAGGUUGAUAGUGUGUUGCGCAAAGAGUGUACCAUGGACUGUAAGACACCCUCAAAUCCUCAUGGCUUGCAUUUGGGUUAUGGCAUACCACCGGGCGAAAGUUUAAGUAUAUAUGAUGCUAUUGAAAAGGCUGGAGGCAGUGAUUUAAGUAAAUGGAAGUGGAUAAAAUGAAUGCAAGAUAUGUGGAUGGCAUAAAUUGUUGUAACAUAAUUUACAAUAUAUUGAAGAUCAUUAGUUUUAAGAUAUUUUUGUUGAUGUUUCUGAAAAACAAUUUAAUUACAUUUAUUAAUAAAGACGUUAUUUAAUUAUAUUUUAAAUCUGAAAAAUAUUUUAGGAAAACAAA